AUGACGGGGUUUGCAAGCGUUGGACGAAGCUCGCGACGACACGGCACGAGAUCUCAGCGGCGUCGAGGCUCACGGGAAGGCGGCGGCACGAAUCGGGUUCGGGUCCACGGCGGCCGAUGGGGUUCGUGGGUCGGCUCGGCUCGACCAGGCGGGCAGUGGGCUUCGGGCUCGAGUCUAGGGGUAGAGGGCUCGGGUCGGCAUCGCGGCGGGGCUCGGGUGGAUGGCGACCUCGGCUGGCGGUGCGACAAAGGGCCGCGGGCGCGGCUGGGCAGCGGCGUCGGGGCUAGGGUCGGAGGCCGGAGACGGUGGGAAGGCGUCACGAACGGCUGGGGCCUUGGGUUUGGGUCUCGGGUGGCCUGGGCGUCGGGGCCGAGAAGGGUCUCGGCUGGGCAAGGGUGCGGGAUCGGCGAUGGGGCGAGUCCGGGUCACCCGCUGAGGUGGUCUGGCGGUGGCAGAGGUCGUGGCUGGUGGCGACGGGGUGAGAUGGGAGGUGGAGAUGGGGGCUGUCGUCGGGCGGAGCAGAGGGCAGAGGUGGAGGGGGCUGGUCGCGGGUCGUGGGGUGCGGCGCCGUCGUCGCGCCGCGCCGCGAGGUGGACGGAGUGGUGGUGGCUGCUGUCGUCGGGGUGGUGGCGCAAGGUGGCUCUUGUGGGUGGGGGCGGGCGACGGCCGAGAGAGUGA